AUGGAGUCUCCGAAGAAGAUAGCUCAUGAGAUCGGUGGUGUCAAGAGAGACGCUCUUCGAUUCGGUCUCAACGGCGUUAAGAGCGACAUCGUCGGAUCUCACCCUCUCGAAUCCUCUUACCAAUCUGGAAAGAGAUCGGAAGAGGAGAUGAAGAGGAGGAUCAUUGGGCAUACCUACGGGUCGGCACUUCCUUUGAAGAUGGAUAUGGACAGGCAAAUUCUCUCUCGGUUUCAGAGACCUGCUGGACCAAUUCCAUCUUCAAUGCUCGGGUUAGAAGCCUACACAGGAGCCAUUGAUGACAUUGGUUUUGAGGAUUACUUGAAUGAUCCUCGUGACUCGGAGACAUUCAAGCCGGUAGACUUCCACCACGGGAUGGAAGUUCGUCUUGGCAUCUCAAAGGGUCCGGUUGCCCCAAGUUUCAUGUAAGGCCCGGCCCCUUCAUGGGUUGGGUUUUGUUGGAUGUUAUGUAUUUUAGCUUUUGAAUGAUGAAUCAAGUGUAUGAACUUAUUUCAACCUUAGACUUUCUACUCUCUCGUCCUAAAGUUUGAAAUCAGAUGGAACGAGUAAUGAAUAUGGUCGAUCAAUUAUUGUAUAUUGAUUGAUUCCAACAAAAGCUUUCGAUAGAAGAAUCACCGAGACCUCAUAAUCAAUUUUAC